UAAACAUCACCUUAAGAUGCCAUGCGCACAACUUCCAUAACCUAGCAAGCGACUCUAUUCAUUAUAACUUUAUGAUAACGUUUGAAUUCGCUUGCAGUUUUCACGCGUGCGCCUUACGAUUGAUUUUCACUGUCGCUGUGAAGUUGACAGAUGCGUGUUGUGGAAAUCUAUUUACGAUUAUUUAAAGGCGAAGUGUUUGAUUCAACAGUAAUGAAGAUUGAAGCAUUCAUGGUACUGUUCCUAUCCUCGCUGGUCUCCGCGCUGCGCCGCGGCCCGCAUCACCCCCACGGGCAGUCUCCAGUGGACCAAAAGCACCACCACUACAGACCGCCGCGUAGUGCGGAGUCUCUCACGGCAGACGCUCAACUACUUCACGAUGUACAGCAUAUAGAAGAAGACUCCAAAGUAUUGACUCCUGAAGCGCUUGCGAAGAUGACGCCAGAAGAGCUGGAAUUCCACUACUUUUCCGCUCACGAUUUCGACAGAAACUCUAAAUUAGAUGGACUAGAACUACUAAAGGCGGUGUAUCACACAAUAGAACACGAAGCUCACGAUCCCGACAACGAUUCCUCUAUAGAGCCUGAAGCAAACGACCUUGAUGCCUACAUAGCGUUAGUGGACCGCACGCUGCAAUCGGACGACACAGACGGCGACGGCUACGUGUCGUACGCGGAGUACCGCGCCGCCCGCGCCAACAACCCCAGGGAGCGGACGCCAAGGGUGCUGGCUGCUAACUCUCCGCCUUAAUACUCAAUCAUCUUCCUCGCGUUAUCCCGGCAUUUUGCCACGGCUCAUGGGAGCCUGGGGUCCGCUUGAAAAUAAAUCCCAAGAAUUGAUGCAGGCACUAGUUUUUACGAAAGCGAGUGCCAUCUGACCUUCCAACCCAAAGGUGAAACUAGGCCUUAUUAGGAUUAGUCUGGUUUCCUCACGAUGUUUUCCUUCACUGAAAAGUGACUGGUAAACAUCAAAUGAUUUCGUACAUAAAUUUCGAAAAACUCAUUGGUAUGAGCCGGGGACAUCCGGAUUGAAAGUCGCACGAUCGUACCGUUGGGCCACCAGCGCUCUUCUCCGCCUUAAUACUGUUCGUUGGAAU